AGCCCCUCCAUCUUAUCAAUCACUUGGGCCGCUCAAUCUGGUGUCGUCUGACCGUCACUUUCAUUUCUAUUUCCAUUUCCACAUCUUCCCUUCAGCAUGGGCAAUAAUCCUGUCUUUGCAGUCACUAUUUUCUUCGUCUGCUUUCGAGAAUGUCUCGAGACGACCGUUGUGGUGUCGGUUCUCUUUGCCUUUCUGAAGCAGACCCUAGGCCAGGAAGAAGAUCAGAGGGCAUAUAAACAGCUGGUAAAGCAGGUAUGGCUGGGAUGCGGCCUAGGGUUGUUUGUCUGUAUUUGCGUUGGCGCUGGCAUGAUUGGGGCAUUUUACGGGCUCGGGACCGACACCUUCUCCAGCACGGAGGAUAUUUGGGAAGGGGUGCUAGGAAUUCUGGCCGCCAUAAUCAUCGCCAUUAUGGGCGCCGCCCUGCUCCGGGUGUCGAAACUACAGGAAAAAUGGCGGGUGAAACUCAUUAAAGCCCUCGAACAGAGCAAUCCAACAGAGGGCCGCUCGGAAAAGGGUGGCUUCAAGCGGUGGCUGGAAAAAUACAGCAUGUUUAUUCUGCCGUUUAUCACAGUGCUGCGAGAAGGACUGGAGGGUGUCGUCUAUGUCGGCGGAGUCGGACUAGGUCUGCCGGCUUCAUCGUUUCCGCUGGCGGUGGUGUGCGGUAUUUCUGCAGGAUGUCUGGUGGGUUACAUCAUCUACCGUGGUGGAAGCGAAACCUCCAUGCAGAUUUUCUUGAUCAUCUCCACCUGUUUCCUGUACCUAGUGGCCGCAGGACUCUUUUCGCGCGGUGUCUGGUUUUUUGAGAACAACACUUGGAAUAAAAUCGUUGGUGGGGAUUCCUCCGAGGUUGGCUCAGGCCCGGGUUCGUAUAACAUCAAUAUGAGUGUGUGGCACGUCAAUUGCUGCAAUCCGCUGAUAGGUGGCGGUGGAGGCUGGGGUAUUUUCAACGCGCUGCUAGGAUGGACCAACUCGGCCACCUACGGAUCAGUCAUCGCAUACAACAUGUUCUGGAUAUGCAUCAUGGUAGCUUACUCUUUGAUGAUGUACCGUGAACGCAAGGGGGCCAUCCCGGUCAUUGAUCCGCUGCUGGCUCGUUAUGCCGCGAUGAAAGGUCGAGCUAAAGCUGCCAUUCUUCGCAGGCCAAUCGAAGAGGACUCAACUUCUUCUGAAGCACCAACCCCAGUGCUGGCAGGAAACAGCGCUACGGAAAAGGGCAAGGUUGCAGGCGCCAAUGUUUCCGCAUCGGUUCGAGAGGCAGAGGCUUGAGGCUAGAGAUAUGCUUGAGUAUUUCUAUCACAGUUUUAUGCUUGCUUAGAAGAGCAUUAGCCUAUUUGUCAGCCAUAGUUGU